ACCAAAGCCAUUUCUGUUUCUGGUUUGUUUGAGGUACUCGGUUGGGCCAUCUGCAAGAAACAUGAUAGUGCAAGGGCGUUAGAAUAGGAUUAGACGGUGAGAGAUGCACGCCGGUUGGACAUAUUCAAUAAGUAGUUGAGGCAAAUUCCUACAGGCCUAGAAACUGGCCAGGCUCUGCAGCACAUUCCUACCCAGGGGAGAGCACACAGGACAGAGAAGUUCAGGAGACAAAUACUCAGAUGGUCUCAGGUGAGCUUGCAGUAGAGUUGGGCUGUCAAUGUCCUGAUAGUGCCCACCUUCACUGGUGUGUUCUCUUGCCUCUGUUUCCUGUUGUACAGAUUAGGAGUGAUACCUAUUUAUCUGCCUCAUAGGUGACCUAUAGGAAUUCAUAUCUAUAAGAUGCUCUGAACCUUUCAGAGAAGAAGUGCUGUGUAUGUCAUUCUUAAGAAUCAGCAAGAGCCAUAUCAAAGCCUCUGGCGCAUAACCACUAAAAUCUACAGUUUCGGAUCAAAAGCUUUGUGGAGAAAACUAGAGUGAUUUGCAGGCAUCAUCUGAUUUCCUGAUAAAGAGCUCUGUGACCUCCAACAUUUAUGCAAUUCUGACACAGCUGCCACAUUGCUUACAAUGCGUGGCUCCUCCUGAGGGAUAAAGCUAGGAUUAAACACCAUGAGUGGCUCUAUCUUGAUAAUAAUAAUGGACUUCAAUAGCAACCGAACUGACACCUAGGUUUGAGUCCCCAAACUGAUACCAAUAGGCUAGUGAAUCCAACCAAGCUGUUUGUUGCUUACCAGGCAUGGCUCUCACUGGUCUCACUGGGAUAAUUAAUGCUAGCUCUACCUACCUGGUGAGAGAGUUGUGAGAAUCCAGUAUUCAAAGAUGUGAAGGUGUGUUCUAACACACUCUAAGAACAUAAGAAAAUAUAGUGAUUUGUUAGACGUAUGGAAAUGAUUGCUGAAUCAUAUCACCCAAAGAUACAGUGACUUUAAAGCUUUGAUAAUGAAAGCUAGAGGUGACUCAGUGCAUUUGAUACUGAAGAGGAAAGAGGAAACACACAGAAGGAAUUUCCUUAAGAAACCAAAGGAAGUGAUUGGAAGGCUUGGGAAGCUAAGAAUCCUCUGGUCUAAGUCAAGUCCCUGCUCCUGGUAAUGUUGGGGCUCACCUUCCUGAGGGAGGUCACAGCUUGGAAAAACCCCAAAGCAGGGGAUGCUGCCCUGUGCCCUCCUCUGGAGGAUAACAGUGUGAGGGUUGACAUCCGCAUCCUCAGGCAAAACCGGGGUAUUUCCUUCUCAAAUUUCCAGAACCGCUCCAUCUCCCCCUGGGACUACAACAUCACCCAGGACCCCCACCGGUUCCCCUCGGAGAUUGCGGAGGCCCAGUGCCGGUACUCGGGCUGCAUCAAUGCCGAGGGGCAGGAAGACAGCUCCCUGAAUUCAGUUCCCAUUCAGCAGGAGUUCCUGGUCCUGCGGAGGGAGCCCCGGGGCUGCUCUCGCUCCUUCCGGCUGGAGAAAGUGCUGGUGACGGUGGGCUGCACCUGCGUCACCCCCAUCGUGCGCUCUCUGAGCGCCUGAACGGCCGCCGGCUGAAGCAGCCCAGAAAUGCUAGUCCUUACCCAGCGCUCUGCAGCAAGUCCUCUGUGGUCCCAAUCCUCUCCACUUCAUCGGUCUCUAGAUAAGACCUGCGCAGAGUUCUCAAAGCUCUGUCUUACAUAU